AGUCCGAGCUCGCGCACGUUACGCCAGCUACCAGAUUAUACUCAAACCACACAAGACACAUAGGAAUUGCUUCUUCUUCUCGUUUUCCGGUUGUUGUUAUACCCGUCACAUCACAAGAAACAAUCAUACCUUUGGCUUUAGCAUAUUUAUACAUACUCUCGUGUACUUCCACUUGCAACUACAGCAGACAAACGGAAAAGAAAAGGAGGUUUCAUAGUGUACACAACCACUUCUUGUUGCUUCUUCCUUUUUCCGCUCUCUUCUCGAUUCAAAUACCCGUUUCAAAUACAAUACAGGAAAGGAACAUCAUGUCGGACAUCGUCGCAGACCUCGCAGUGCCAAAGGACGCGCACCAUGGCGACGCCGCGAUGGAGACGACGAGCAGCGACGCGUCCUCCGUGUCCGACGUGGUCGGGGAGGUCACCGCCUCCCCGCGCAAUCCGGCCCCCGCCGCGUCUGCCGCGCCGAAGGCACCGGACACCUCCGUGAUGGAGCUGCACGAAGAUGAGACGCAGCCGCCACCGCCGACCCAACCGCUCGCCACGGCGGCCAGCACGGCGCAGUUGGAGACGCCAAACAGCGGCAUCUGCUGUCAGUGCGGGCAGCCAAUGGGCAGCACCAAGGGCGCCACGACGAGGGACGGACCUUUGCACCCGCAGUGCAUCGCCGAGUACAAGUUCCUGCACCAGCCGCGGUGCAGCUACUGCAACAUUCGCUUUCACGAUGAUGAGAUGCAGACCUUCGUGAAGGACCCAGUGACGGGCGCGCUCUACCACCCGGACUGCCGCGCCCGCGCGGAGGCCGGCACGCCGUACGUGCUGCCCACCAAGGAGGGCGAAGUGCGCAAGUUCGCGAUUGCGCGGUCGCGUCUGUCGCGGCACAACUGGAAGUCGCGGUACUUCGUUCUCUCCCCGGCCAACGGCGGCAUUCGCUACUACGCCAACCAAGCUUCGGCGACAAAUGGAGGCGGCGGCGGCGGGAGCAAGAAGGGCGGCGAUGCGGAGAGUGACGGCAGUGCCAGCUACGACGCCGACGCAGACCCCGACCGCGAGGCGCACGAGGCGAAGCGCGCGAAAGGUUUCGUGCCACUCAACCGCCGCAGCCGCCUGCUGACGCGGCCGGACAUGUCCAACUACAAACCCUCCUCCUCCGCCGCGUCGGCGAUCGACAUUGGUAUUAUCUUCUUCGAGUCGCCGGAGAGCAAGAAGGAGCUGCGACUCGUUUUUAAAUGCGACAGCGUCGAGGAGCGCAGCGCGUGGAUUAAGGCGUUGGAGGCGUACAUCGACACCGUGGAUGAUCCGGCCGACUACACGAACGCCAGGGCUGCCGUGAGGGAGAAGGAAAAGGCGAAGGAGGCGAAGGAGGCGAAGGAGGAGGCGAAGGAGGAGAAGGAGAAGGAGAAGGAGGAGAAGAAAGAAAAGGCGAAGAAGUAA